UGUUUGGAUCACUUUUAAUAGACAUGGUCUGUCAUAGGAAUUUCAUUCUUGAUGAUGAAUUUGAUCAAUGUGAAUAGUUUGUUUUUCAAUAUUCAUCCAUUUGUUCUGGUUUUGGUUCUAGUUCUACAUCAUUUUGGUUUCUCUUUAUUAGCUGAUUAUGUUUCACCCAGAUAUAUUCAAAAUAUCAUUUUGUAGGUUCACUAUGUUGCUAAAUGGAAGAAUAUUACCUUCAUGACUAGCAGACAAGGAAUGGGUGUUGGAGGAGGAACGCCAUAUGGAUUUGAUGUAGGCCAAUCUGAGAAUGGAACUGUCCUUAAGGGGUUAGAUUUAGGGGUGCAAGGAAUGCGAGUAGGCGGCCAGAGGUUGUUAAUUGUUCCUCCUGAACUGGCCUAUGGAAGUAGAGGAGUCCAGGAGAUCCCUCCAAACGCAACAAUAGAGUUAGAUGUUGAGCUGCUUCCAUCAAACAAAGCCCAUUUGGGACUGCGGUAAAGAUAGUUGAAGGCUAAGCUUUGCUAUGCUAUUACUAUGAGUUUCUCUUCUGGAAAAGAAUGAAGGCAACAAAAAGGGCGAAACUGUGUAAACCAUGCUCUAGUAAGCUGAUCAUCCCGAUCGGUCUGAGGACUGGUAUUAGCGGGGUGGCAGAUAUCAGAAGCGGCUCUUCUGUCUGAAUCUGAACAGCCAUAAAUAUCUGUUAAUUUAUUACUACU